UCGCCGACCAUCGAUAAUGGAUCACGUGUUUCUUCUCUCAUUGCAUUUUUUUUUUUUUUUUUUUUUACGUUUAACCAUUGUGCCUGUGUUAUGCUCGAUCGAAAACUGUUAGUCGAAUAUUUGUUCGAAUGAUAUUGGAACGUCUCUCACACGGGUAUUCGGUUUUCGUUCCUUUUUUUUUUUUUUUUUUUUUUAUCCCUUCACUUUUCGUUUCUCUUUUUUCUCUAUUUUAUCCUUCGUCUCUGAUUUCUUUCUUUUUCGUUCGCAUCGCGCUAAUUUAGCUUUUAUCACGUACGAAUUUGAUAUUCGAAUGCAUCGUGUAUAAUAUAGCUAUCAACGCUUGUUUAUUGUUAGUCGAAUAAUUUUACCGAUUUUUCGAUAUAUAAUAUCUCGAGCUAUUUUCAACAAAACAGAAAAAUUGAAUAAUAAAUAUUUCAACAUUGUUGAAUUUGAUUUUAACAUUCUGCGAUCGAAAUCGUUUUUUGCGCUUCUUCAUUUUUUUUUCUCCUCUUUUUUUUUUUCUUUUUUGUCCAUUUCAUUCUUCUAACAUCGAAUCUCGAAGAAACAUUUUUUUUUUAUAUUCGAUAGAUUCAAAUGUUUUUAAAUUUUUAUUAUUUUUAACUUUGUGUUAUUAUUCGCUAUUGUCUUACGCUUAAUACAUAUCUACGUUACAUUCGAAAUUAAAUAUUUUUGCUUCGAUCGAUUUUUUGUUUUUAUCACGAUAAAGGAGCAUAAUUAUUCGUUGUAUUUAAAAAUUUUUUUUCAUAAAAUUCCAACGUUGGAAUUAAUCGUCGGAAGAAAUAUAAAAACGAAGAGACAGAAUGCAAAAAAUUAGUUUCAUUACCUAUAAAAAAUCUGUAAAUUUUUUACGUAUGUACACUAUUUACCUAUGUGUAAUGCAUUCGUCGUGAGUACAGAUAUGUGGAUGCGAUAAUACUCGAGUAAAAUACGAAUUUUGAAAAUACGAAAAAUAUAUACAGGUAAUACGUAUGCAUUUCGCGUUUCAUCGAAAAUGUCGUGUUAACCGUUUAGUCGAUGUAUCCUACGAUAUAUAUGCAUUUCCCUUUUUGAAGCAUGCGACGAGAUAAAGUCUCGAUUUUAUAUCUCCAAGUAGAAAUUUAAUCGUAAUGAUAUUGCGGUAUACAUAUGUAUAUAAUAUUAUAUAAUGUAUAUAAUAUUAUAUAUAUAUAUUAUACUUUAAUAUUUAAUCGGUGUAAAAUCUUAGAUAAACUUGUAGAAAAGUAGCCUCGUUAUCGAUUUUAACGAUUUUAUCGAAUCAAAUAAAAGAGUGUCGCGUUUCGAGCAAUUUUUUUUUUUUAAGACAUAAUCGGUGGGAUUGGAUUUCGAGAAAUACAUACACAUACAUAUUUGCGAUAAAUUAUUAUCAACGACAAUUUUCGAUCGGAUUAUCGAUCGUCGGAUCAAAUAGAUAGAUUUGAUCCGAAUCUGAUUCUUAUCCUUGAUUUACAAUGUAUAUAAAUUGAAACAGUUGAACGUAACUUACAUUUACGUUUAUAUUAUAUUAUAUUAUAUUAUAUCUAUUUUAUAUAUCGUUUGGACUGACUUUCUUUGUCUUUCAUCUUUUUAUCGAUAUUUUACUAACAUCGUUGUAUAACGAGGCACGACGUCUUUUAAUUGUGAUAAAUGUAAUUUAUUGUCCCCCAAACUGUUCGUUAUUCGAAAAAUAAAUGUGAUUUCAAAUAUUAUAAUUAACUUGCUUUAUUUCGAGGAGGAAAUAAUUUUAUAAAUGUAAAAUGGAUGGUAUAUAACGAUUAAGUUCAUGAAAAGCAAUUUAGAUUAUAGAAACGGAGAUGCGAUAUUUUCUAAAUGUGUAACAACGACAAUUUGGAAGAUAAUUGCAUUUAUAUAGAUAAAAACGAGUGAUGCCAAAAUGUAAUGAACGCGUAACUUGACUCACUUAUUGCAAAUAUACUAUACGUAAAAGUUUUUAUUGCAUAGUUUAUUUUUUCAUUUAUUUAUUUAUUUUUUUUCUUUUAGAGAUCUGAUAAUCGAGCAAUUGAGCCGAUAUAAUAUUAAAGCACAUAAGGCAUAAAAAACUAUGUUGAUUUUUUUGUGAAAUAUCUUCCCAUCCGUAAGAUAAGAGCUUUGUUCUUUACGCUAUAUAUAUGCUCGUAUGUAGUAGUUGAAUGCCUGUCCGCUUUCAAUCGUUUAGCUUUGUAUUCGAAUUCGUUGACAAGCUACAUCAUUGUCGCGACCGAUUAUUUCGCUAUUCACGAUAAUUCUUUGUCGCUUUCCUCAGUAAAAUUUAUUUUUACUCGAAAAUCGCUUCUUCUUCAGGCUUCUUUCGAUGUUUCUUUUGCUUUUUGUAUGUAGUUAAGUUGAUUUUGUAGAAUGCUUGAAAUCAAAAGCAAAAAUUUCGCUUCUUUCUUUCACUGUUAAUCAUAUUGUACGUAUAUAUAUAUAUAUAUAUAUAUGUGCGAGCGUGCGUGCGUGUGAGUAUAUGUAUUGACUUCUCUUCGAACAAUCGACGAUCAAACAAGAGACAAGAACGCUUUCGAUUCUCGUAUUGAUUUCUUACUUGUAAUUAUAUUUCUUUCGUCUUUUCUUAUUAUAUCGCGUAAAAUAUAUUUCGAAAUAUUUCAACAUUUUUUCGACGUUUCGACCAAAUAACAUUUUCGAAAAAACUCAAAGUUAUACAAUGCUCAAAAUAUAUAUAUAUAAAUGUUGUGUUUUCCGAGAGAUUUUUUCGUGAGAAAAAGAGAAGAGAAAAAUAAAUAUAUAAUGAAUCUUUUGAAUAAAUAUCAUCAUUAAACGAACAUUGUAUUUACUUAAUGGAAAAAUAAAAAUUAGUAUUAUCUUGCCCUAAAUUAUAUUUGUAUAAAUUUAUACAUAUACGUAUCGCGAUACAUACGCGGUUGUACGUCUUUAAAAAAGACUGUCGCGACGAUUUGGACGAAUUCGUUGUGCGAAGAUAUCGUUGUUCUUUUAUUUUCUUUCUACUUCGUAUUUCGUUUUCCAUUCUAACGAACAUCAUUAUCUUUGAUUAGUUUAAUUUUAUUCACGUACAUUAUCGCGAAUAAUAUAAUGUUCGUUCUCGUUUUUCACUUUGAUUUUAUCGAAGAGAGAAUUACACGCGAUAAAAUGAAAUCAAAUACGAGAUAAGAAAAAACAAGUUAAAACGUUGUAAAGUUGCGUGUAAAAUCCUUCGCUUCGACUCGUAGUAUGUAGUAUGCAGUAUGCUUGCGAGUUACGAUAGAUAUCGUUGAAAAGUACAACGGUUCUCAGUUGUCAACUUUUUUGUAAAACGAAGAAGAAAUCAUUUUUUUUCAGUGAUGUGGCUUUCUUACUUGAUUAAACAGCAUGCGCCGUUUCUAAAUAUUCGCUCCGAAUUCCGAAUCAAUAGCUGGCCGUUAAUUGCUAUUCACCACGUACGCGACGUGCGCGCGAUGUGACAAAGACUAGAUAAGUUGCACGUGAUUAUAUAGUAGAGGCGGUCCAUAUUGCCAAUCAACUCUGCCAGUAUGGCUACUUCUUCCCGGUGAAUGACUCCAAGACACUCACCGUAAGGGAUGAUAGUUCUCUGUAUAGAUUUCAGACACCAUGUUAUUGGCCAUGGCAACAUAAAAUCCCUGAUAACAUGGAAUAUGCUAUUUAUCUGGCUAAGAGAACUUUAAGAAACAAGCAACGACAUGCUCUUGAAGAUUACGAAAUUGAAGCUUUAAACAGUCUACGUAGGAACUUGCAGAACAAGUGGGAUAUGAUACAACUUCAAGCUGAAGAACAGGUUCAGGUACGCUUAUCGAAGGAGCGAAAAAAAGGGGAUAAAAUAGUAAGCGAUUCUCAAGAGCGAGCAUUUUGGAGAGUUUACAGGCCACCACCUGGUUGUCUGAGUAGCCUCGAAGUAACACCCGUACCUACGCGUUUUCAUCCUGGACUUUCACGUCCUCCAUCGCGUAAACGCACUUUAACCGAUCUGCAGCGCGAGGUGGCCCUUUUGAAGAACAGCUUAACGCGUACAAGAAUAAAAGUUUCUGCUGCUAUCGAAAAUUUCAAUUCAUACUUCGAAACAUACGUGGAAUACGAUCCAAUGUUUGUACAGCCACAACCUUCCAAUCCAUGGAUUACCGACGAUCAAACAUUUUGGCAGCUAAACAGUCCUCUAGUGGAAAUUCCUACGGAAAAACGUGUUAAGCGGUGGGCAUUAUCCAUGGAAGAAUUAAUGUCCGAUCCUACUGGUUUGCAAGAGUUUACGCAGUAUUUGAGAAAAGAAUACAGUCAUGAAAAUAUACGAUUUUGGUUAGCGGUUAAAGAUUUGAGGCAUAGUUUUCAAGCAAAAAUACCCGACAAAGUUAACGAAAUCUUCAGAGAAUUCUUAGCACCCGGAGCACCUUGCGAGAUAAAUAUAGAUGGGAAGACGAUGGAAAAAGUUCAUCAAGAGAUGAAAAAUCCAAAUCGAUUCACGUUCGAUUCCGCCGCUGAACACGUAUAUACGUUGCUUUUGAAAAAGGAUUGUUAUCCUAGAUUUAUUCGUUCCGAUCAGUAUCGAAAUUUAUUAGCCUCUGGCGUGCAACCUUCGCAAAAAAAAUGGUUUUUUUUCGGGGGACAAGCGAAAAAGAAAGUUUCCUCGACUUCGACUUCGAUUUCGGCUCCAACUCCGACAACGAGCACGUUGCAACACCAUGCUGUAACCGCCGGCGGGGGAGGAGGGAGUGGAGGUGGUAGUAAACGAAGGGGAAGCGAUCGAAGUCUUUCCGGAUCUGCUCACGAGUUAGCCAUUUGUGGUAUUCGAGAUACAAGUUCGAUGCCUAGGGUACCGCAUUCUCACAGUCAGUCGAAUCUCACCGAUAUUCCAUAUAGGGAUGCUGGCACAUCGGAAACAUCGACGGCUCGCCCUAUGGACGACGUUUGCCCGUGGGACGUGGCUCCAGGGCCGAGUAUAGAGCACGAUACAGAUACGGGCGCGCAGCUACGGCAUCCAAUAUCAUCUGGAGUGACGUCGUCGGUUGAAAGCCAAGCGGAAGAAGGAAACGAUAACUUGAUUAGCCAGUCACAUUCUAUCGAAGUUGCGGCACGCCCGUCUCGCAAAAAUUCAUCGCAAUUCGAUUCCUGUAGUUCUUCGUCGGACGCGAGCUUGGCGGUGACGGAAGCAGCGGUAUCGGAACAUCUUCGAAAGUCUUGCAGUUUGCAACAAAGUAGCAGCACAGGUGGUGGGACGAGUGCCUCGGAACGGAUCGGUAUGACGACGCGAAAUUAUUCGAUCGGCUCGGUUGGCGGAAGGGCGAAACUUGGAGAGAUCGGUCGACCGUCGGCUUUGUCGUUUAAUUAUCCGUCGCCGCAGCACUCGUUCGAAUAUUCGCACGUGGAGAUCCGAUCGGAGGGGAAGGAUGUAGCCGAGGUGGUUGAGGCCGAAACGAGGUCAAAAGUCACGUUGCUGGAGAAGGAACACGCGAAGAAAACUUUGAGCAAGGCCCCCCUGAUAAGUAUUAGCGCGAUCGUGGGCGAUCUGGCGAGCGAUAGCUUGGCGGUUCAAGGGGAGGAAAGAAAGGAGGACGAUCGCGGCAAGGGUGUGGCGGCGAAGGAAGGGGAGGUGGAGAUGGAGAAAAGGAAAGGGGAGGCGGAGGGUGAUAAAGGCGAUGGGGUUAUCGUUGCGGAAGAAAAUUUGGCAAUUUCGACUCGGGUGGAAACGGAGACGGAGGAAUCGCUGGAGGAGGCGCAAGUCGUUCCUGUUUGGGAGCCGGACACCCGACAGGACGACCAAAUAGCACCCGUUACCCAACCAGCUCCUCAACAAAAGCGUGACAAUAACGUUAACGAAGUGUGCCCGUGGGAAGACGAGGAAAACUGUAGAGUGGAUGCACCCUAUGUGAAAACCUACGCGACAUUAGGUUAUUUGUAACUUUAGAUAUCGGUACUAAACAUACAUUUCACGUAUAAACAUUUGCAAUUUCGAUUCCCAUUUUACUUCACUUUUGCCAAGUCCGAGUGCCCGAUCUAUUUCGAACAUAUUGAUCAUCGUUUCUCGUUAUAUUUUCAUUUCAUUCCGAAAAUUCAUGGAUCGAUUCGUUGAACGAAAUUUGCUUAUUACUUGUUUCGUACCGUUGUAAUAGACAGAUAUUUAUCGAUAAUCGUCGAGAAUACAAGAAAUGAUUCGAAAUGGAGAGAAAUGGAAAGAGGAUUUACCCCAUGCAUUAAACGGACGUAAACGAACAAGCAAGCAAGCAAGUAAGUAAGUAAGUAAAUAAAUAAGUAAAUAAGUAAGCAGAUAAAUAAAUAAAUAAGUAUUAAAAAGAAUCUUAUUUGUAUAAAGUAUAAUAGAUACUUUGUGGUGACACGAUGGAUUUAAAGUAAGAUUUGAAUCGAUAUCUUUUGCGCCUAUAAGAGGAAUUUAUUUUAUUUAUUUUAUUUAUUUAUUUAUUUAUUCUUUCUCGAUUUACGUAUAAGAAGGUGAAUAAGCAGGCCUGUGAACGCAAAUAGCCUGCUUCCACGUUAUAUAGAUAAUUAAAGAAAUACGAAAUCGCAAAAUUAAACUUUGUUGGCCGAACGAUGAAACGUGUAGUUCGUGCCGUUCGUUAUUUAUUUCUCAAGAAUUUGAAAUCGAUUUAUUCGACGAAAGCGAAUUAAACAAAGCAAAGACGCGUUCUGCGAGUGCUAGUCAACCAUGAGCCCAUUGACCGCUCUCGUAGCGCGCAAAUUUCUUCGAUACGAGCAAAGAAGAACGACAGAAGAAGAUCGGCAUCCACGCUAAUUCGAAUAAAUCGUUUCGAAACGAAAAAAAUUUCUCGGAAAAUGGAACGGAAAACAUUGUACGAUUGUGAAUUUCAACGAUGAAUCGUUCGAAUUAGAUGACGAUUAAAAACGAGUGAUUUAGAUCACUUUGCUUCGCUUGAUAAAAUAACUUAAAUGUCGCGAUAUUCGAUUGUCGUUUAAUCAAAGCGUCGAUACGUUUAUCGAUAACAACAACGAGCGUAAGAAACUUUAGCUCGCUUGCGUAUGGCCUGAUACCUAUACUCUAACGGCCUGCUGACGGUUAAACGUUUAACGAGUAUUGCCAAAUAAAAAAACGAACCUGUUUCACUUUUAAUCUCUUUAGAGAAACUCGGUAUUUAACUUGUUAAAAAUCGUUACUAUUAUCGCUUCCUAUUAUCGAGAUCGAGAUCGAGAUCGAGUUCAAUUUCAAAAGAGGAAAGAGAAAAAAGUACGAGAAACGUGAAAUAAUAUAAUAAUAAUAAUAACGAUUCGUUUGUUUAUCACUUAUUUAGAAGAUAUCGAAUCUUGUUCUAUACAUAUAUAUAUAUAUAUAUAUACAUAUAUUACAAUAUAUUACAAUAUAUUACCUGGAAGCGUUUAUCGGGUUAUCGGGUUCUCGGUACUGUCACUGCCCCAGUACCAAGAUCCCUGCGAUCUAAACAAAUUUCAAUUCUCAAGUUAAUCGAUUAAUUAAGAGAAAUUUAAGAAAAACUACUUGUUAAAUUCCACUACUUGUUCCGCUCGACGAUGUAAUUCAACAUGUUCUCUCCCUUCCUAGAGAAUUUAUUCGAUCGCUUGUUAAAAAAAAAUGGUAGGAACGUGUCGUUGUGUCGUAAGAAAUUAGAAAGAUAAUCUUAUUAUAGAGCAUUAUACGUACAUGGUAAUCGUAAUAUAUAUUUUAUCAAAUGAAAUUGUAAUAUUAAUCGGAGUGGGAAAGGAUCGAUUCGAUCGUGAAUUAUACACGUAGUGGUAAUACUUCUGCUCUGCUACACGACAACUGGACUCGAAUAUUAAACGAAAUUAUAAAACAUCGUUACUAUCGAAAAUAAAAAUUACGAACGAAAUAGAUAUUUUAACGUUUCUUUUUCUGCGAUAUUUCGACGAAUAUCUGUUUUGUAACUUGCGAGGAGAAGAAGAAGAAGAAGAAGAAGAAGAAGAAAAAAUUGAUUUACGACAGCGAUACAUACGAUAUCUAUUUAAGUUUCGUACAAAAGGUUCGGGCACUCGAGGCUAGUGUUAAGAAAUCCUGAGACGUAUUCACGACGAUCGUGCAUCGUCGAUUCAACAGCUCAAUUUAACUAUUGUAAACAUCUCCUUAUGAAAAAUAGAUAGUCGGUUAAUAAGAUAAAAGUGAGAUAUCGCGAUUCUCUAUGGGAACGAAUAUGAAAAAUAUUAUAUACGAAUCAUAAUGAAUAACGGCAUAGGUAUCGAGAUGAUUUUUCCGUUAGUCUCAGCAUUAGCAAAUGUACGUAGUUUCGACGUAUGACUGACGAUUAGUCUUAUUUACGAAAUACGAUGACUCGUGAAUAGAGACUAUUCACCUACCUAUAUAAUAAUAUAUAUAUAUAUAUAUAGUAUAUGCCACGUUGAAGAAUAAAAUUUCGUUCGAUCAAGCAUGCGACGAGAAUAAAUAGGUUGGUAAUAAAUAAAUUAAUUACGACAAACGAAUCAAACAACUAUUUUUUGUUCUCUUUUUGCAGAAACGUUUUAUAUGUAUUGUGCGUAUAAUGCCGUUCCGUCGUUAUUAUUACAAUUUUUCAAUCACCGAUCGCGAAUGAUAGAUUUUAUUCGCUAUCGUUUACUCGCUGACUCGCAUCACCCUUGCAUAUAAUACACAUAUAAGGGGCAAUCGAAAGGAUCGUUGUACGUCAUGAAUCUUUAAGCGUUAUUCGAUUUCACGUUCCGUUUGUGUAUCGCUGUAUUAUUCGCUGUGUUACGUAAAUUGGUAAAACGAGCGUUUCAUCGACGACUAAAAGUGACGUGUAACGUAUCUGUUGGCCAUUAUUUUUUUCGUUCAACGGAGAAUGCAUCGCCAGAGAUUCGAGAGUAAUCGAUAUCGAGUGAAUAGAAACGGGGAGAGAAACAGUGUAAAUGGCAUACAAGUUACUCGACGAUUCCUAAUUAUUUUUCCGAUAUAUUCGAUCAUUUUUAUAACCGAUUAUAAAUAUUUUAUUUUUCUUCGAUUAUAUUAUUAUUUUUCAGAAGGCGCUAAUCUAUCUACGAAUAACGCGAGAACGGAUAUUCGAAACGGCCCGUUAAAACACGUAAUUCGAGGUUUCGAUAUAGUUCGCGGUCCGUUAUAUUUUUAUUUUCCAAGCUAACGAUAAACGUUAAAUUACGUGUAUUUUACGUUAUUCGGUGACGCGAAAUUUUUUGCAAAUGGAAUCGGUAUCUUUCGUCGAGUUUUCGGAUCCGAGUAGAAGCCUAGGGAGAGAGAGAGAGAGAGAGAGAGAGAGAGAGAGAGAGAGAGAGAGAGAGAGAGAGAGUAGGAAUAACGGAAAGCGAAAUAAUUUUAAAAGAUAUUUGAUUCGCAAUAUUUGAUCGAGGCGCGAGUGCUUGUCGCAUUUUUAAGUCGUUCUAAAUCUAUUUAUAUCUAUUUCGCUGAUCGCGUACAUAAACGAAAACAAUCGGAACGUAUCCCUUUUUAUUUUUAUUCUCCAUUUCUAGAUCUUUGCCAAUAGUACAAAUGUAACUUAAAGUAUAGCGUAAUUUACGGAUAAGCCUGGCUCCGAUACGAUCUAGAUAUAUAAUCGUACCAACGCAUCGUACCAUCGUAUCUCCUUUUCUUUUCUUCUCUCUUUCUUAAUUCAUCCUUUACUCGCUUUUUCUUCAAACGUGCGAACGUUUUUAAAUUUUGAGAAAACGAAACGAAAUAUUUUACCGUUUUGAUAAGAUAAUUAAGACGAUUUCGGUUCGAUUUAUCGAGUGAAAUUGUGCGAUUAAAUUUUUCGAGUAUCUCGUUUUCCCAUCUACGCGAUAGUACGAAUAACUAGUCGGGAACGAGCCAUGUUUAUCGGGAAAAGACUGAAAACGUACCUGAAAUUCACCCCUCCUUCGAAAACUCGUGUUGUAACAAAUUCUACGACUAACGUUUUAGAAUAACUAGUAUUGUCUCAUCGUUUCGAUAAAAAGGGGGAAAAUGUAACUGAUAAAAGAAUAUUAUUACAUCUCGAGAAAGACGAAGAUAAUUUUAAGCGUUACUACGGAUGAGAAAAAGGGGUGAUCGAUUCAAGAUUUCAGCGAUCCUUGACGUGUCCCGAGACGUUUCAUCUGUAUUUUGUAUUAGAUCGAUCUAUCGCCAAGUCGUUUUAACGAGAGUAUAAUAUAUAUAUGUGUGUGUAUAUAUAUAUAUAUAUAUAUAUAUAUAUAUAUGUAUAUACAUGUAUAUAUAUAUAUAUGUUUAAAAAAAAAGUGUAUAUCUAGCGAAUUACUGUUAUCUAGUAAUCGAGAAAGAGAUAGCGUAGAGGUUCUCGUCUCACCGACAACAUCGUCUUAUUCGAGAACAUUGCUGCUUUUUUUUUUUAUCGUCAAAAGAAGAUCGUUCGAUUUAGUUGGAAGAUAAAUGUUUUUACACGGAUCAAUCAAUGGAAAGGGGGGAGGGGGGGGGGGAGGGGAGAUGAAAUAAAAGAUGAAAAUUAUAAACGAAAUGAUGAGAUUGCGUUCGUAAGAAUGAACGAAAAGAAAAGUUCGUAUUCGUUCGAAACGUGUCCUGAAUCAUCUUAUUCAGCUUAUUUCCGUUCUCUAAUUCUUUUUACCACAGUGUCACAUCGGUAUUUAACGAUAACGAAUUAAUAAGCUGUACUAUCGCGUGUACGCGAGAAAAAAAAAAAAAUUAAAGAUAUAUCCUUUCUUAAAUUGUUUUCUAUAUAAUGGGCACAAAGAUUCGUACGACGAAAAGCGACGAAGAGAAGGGAGGGAGGGGGGAUAGAUAGAGACGCGAAGAUACGUGUGUCGAUACGAAAGCAGUUUACGUACGAGGAAUUGCAAAAUUGAAUCGAUUAACUGCGUUUUAAGAGAUUAAAUCGAAGAGAUGAAUCGGACUAUUUAAAAGAAAGAAAGAAAGAAAAGGAAGGAAGGAAGGAAGAAAGAAAAAAAAAAGAAAAAAAAAAAAGAAAAAAAAAUGUAUAAAAUAGAAUCCAAAUAUAUGGAUCUCUUCGUUACAUUCUAAAUCAGUUAUGAACGUUAAAUAGAUGCUUAAACGAUAUUAGAGUGUAAAAAAUUCGAAUUGAAGGAAAAAGCAAAGUAAUCACCUUUGUAUUAGAUAAGUUGUAAUUGCGCUAAUGACUCGCGAUACGUGUAUCGCAACUUAUAACUAUAUUUUAAAACUGUAUUAACGCGUUGAACGUAUUGUCGUUCACGCGAAUAAAAACUGAUUAUUUAAUUACUACCACGUAUAUAUUACAAAUAUAUGCAAAAGAAUGAAACGGAUAAAACGUGUUACCACUUACCACAUUUGGAAACGUGUUAUAGAAAUAUAAAUAAAAAGGCUUUGGUGUAUAUAGUUUUGUAAAGUAAUAAAAAUGUAUAGAGACGAAGUAAUAGUAAACGAAGGGAGAAAAGACACUACUACGGUGUUAAACCGACACAUUGUCGUCGACACGCGUUGGUCAAGGCCGAUACAAACUAUCGAAAUUGAAUCGAAGCGACGCGAUGCGACGCGACGCGAAACAAUGCGCUUGUAUAUCGAGGGAAUUGUUGCAUUGGACGUAUUUUACGAUGCGUAAUUGAAUUGAACCGAAUCGUUUCGUUAAAUGUAGCUGCGUUUACGCGUAUGUAGGUAUGUAUGCGUACACAUGCACACGCACACGUAUACGUAAAAGCAGAAAGAAUGUUAUAAAAUAUGUGAUACAUGCGUAUUAUUUUAAGCUGUCGAUAGAAUGUCCCAAUAUUAAAUAUAUUAUAGCGAGAUUAAA